AUGUACUCUGUGAUCGCCCGCACUGCCGAGCACCUGCUGCAGCACCAGCCCUUUGGGGAGUCACUUUGCAAACUGGUACUAGUGGAUCACUACACCAUCUUCUCCAGUGUCUACUUCUUGGCCGCAAUGAGUGUGGACCACUACCUGGUGAUGCCAGCCACGCAAAGUCCCGCCGCGAGCCCAGGCGCACCGGUGGGGGGCAAAGUGGCUGGCCUAUGUGUCUGGCUGGGCAUCUCCACCCUGGCCCAGCCCUUCUUCUCUGCCUAUGACUACAGCAAUGAGCUGCAGGUGCCCAGCUGUGGGCUGAGCUUCCGGCCUGAGCAGGCCUGGCUCAAGGCCAGCCGCAUCUACACCUUGGUGCUGGGCCUCGUGGUGCCCCGUGUACCCUCUGUGUGUUCUAGUGCACUUGUGUAGGCUGCGGCCACGCGGCUUCGCUCCGGUGCCAAGGUCCUGAGCAAGGCCAAGCGCAUGGUGACUGCUCCGGUCCUUGCUGUGCUGGCUGCGUGCGUCCUUUGCUGGGCACCAUCCCACCUGGCCCCAGACGUGCCCCAGACACCCCUGGUCACCGGCAUCUCCCACGUCAUCACCAGCCUCCGCUAUGCCAAUGCAUGCCUCAACCCCUUCCUGGAUGCAUUCCUGGAUGACGGCUUCCUCAGGAAUUUCCAUGCCAUGGUCCUAAAGAACUCAGGUCCUGGCCUGGAGUAUCCAUGUCGUGACAGAUAG